AUGAAUUGGCCUUUGAACUUCACCGGCUCCUUUCUCACUCUCCCCUCCCCCUUCCCGACCAAUGGGAGCAGCGGCCCUGAGAAUCUUAGCCCCAGUCAGCCCCCACUCUCGAUCUUUGGCGUGCUCAUCCUCACCCUGCUGGGUUUACUGGUGGUGGCGACCUUCACGUGGAACUUGUUGGUCCUGGCCACCAUCCUCCGCGUGCGCACCUUCCAUCGGGUACCCCACAACCUGGUAGCCUCCAUGGCCAUCUCUGACGUACUGGUGGCAGCCCUGGUCAUGCCCCUGAGUUUGGUGCACGAGUUGUCCGGACGCCGCUGGAAGCUGGGUAGGCGGCUGUGUCAGCUGUGGAUCUCCUGCGACGUGCUGUGCUGCACUGCGAGCAUCUGGAACGUGACAGCCAUCGCCCUGGACCGAUACUGGUCUAUCACCCGUCAUCUAGAGUACACUCUCCGGAUUCGCAAGCGCAUCUCCAAUGUCAUGAUCACCUUGACCUGGCUGCUCUCAGCAGUCAUCUCGCUGGCCCCUCUGCUCUUUGGCUGGGGAGAGACCUACUCGGCGGACAAUGAAGAGUGUCAGGUGAGCCGGGAACCAUCCUAUACCAUCUUCUCCACUGUGGGCGCCUUCUACCUUCCCCUCUGCGUGGUGCUCUUUGUUUAUUGGAAGAUCUACAAAGCUGCCAAGUUCCGCAUAGGCUCCAAGAAGACCAACAGCGUCACGCCGGUGCCCGAAGCCGUGGAGGUAAAAGAGGCCCUCCACCAACCUCAGAUGGUAUUCACUGCUCGUCAUGCCAUGGUGACCUUCCAAACUGAUGGGGACACGUGGAGGGAAAAGAAAGAGAAGAAGGCAGCUCUCAUGGUGGGCAUUCUUAUUGGGGUGUUUGUGCUUUGCUGGAUCCCAUUCUUCAUCACUGAGCUCAUCAGUCCCUUCAGUUCCUGCAAUAUCCCUCCCAUCUGGAAGAGCAUUUUCUUGUGGCUUGGCUAUUCCAAUUCCUUUUUUAAUCCUCUAAUCUACACAGCUUUCAAUAAGAACUAUAAUAGUGCCUUUAAGACCUUUUUUUCUAGGCAACGGUGA